GGCAGCGAAUGGCAACUAUCCACAAACCACACAAACCACUGCGUUCCACUUCGGCCGCGCGACUCACUCGUGCCUGUAUCAGUCUGAGAGACUGUCUCGCACCGUUGCACGCCAAUCUCAAAACAUCUUCCGAUACUUUAUCCAGAGAGUAGAUCCAGUUGAACGUCGACUCGAACUUUAUGGCCGUCAAUAAUGUUGGAUUCAUCGUUCGUCGUCCCUCCAGUUCCACCUAAAACAGUUUCCCUGCGAUGCUCAGGUACUCCUCGAUUUCUCGUCAUCUUCCUCUUUUCUGCCGCAUCAUCAUCCGUAAAGAAUCCAUUCAUGGUAGCCGAAUUCUUCGGUGGAAGCUCAGGGACGAAUCUAAACUUGGUAAACCUGAACUUCUCGAUAGAAUCUGUCGUAUAUUGAUCCUCGAGCGAUAUUCUGCCUUAGAUCGACUAUCCUUCGAUUAUUCCGAUGAAAUCCUCAACGGCGUUCUCCGCAGGCUGAAGUUCAAUACUUCCGCCUGUUUAGGGUUUUUCAGAUUAGCGUCGAAGCAACAACAUUUUAGACCUGAUAUUAAGUCCUACUGUAAGAUUGUCCACAUUUUGUCCAGAGCUCGGAUGUUCGACGAGGCCAAAGCCUAUUUGAAGGAAUUGGUCGAAACUUCGAGGACUUGCCCUUCUGUUUCUCUAGUUUUCGAUGAACUUAUUCGGGUUUAUAGAGAAUUUACGUUCUCACCAAUUGUUUUUGAUAUGAUUCUGAAAAUAUAUGCGGAGAAAGGUUUGAUGAAGAAGGCACUUUUUGUGUUCGACAAUAUGGGGAAGUUCGGCUGCAGUCCUAGCUUGAUAUCUUGCAACAGUCUUUUGAAUAAUUUGGUCAGGGCUGGUGAAAAUCACACAGCUUUUCAUGUUUACGAGCAGAUUACUAGUGCUGGUAUCGUCCCUGACGUUUUCACAUUCACUAUAAUGGUGAAUGCUUGCUGCAAGGACGGUCAAGUGGAUAAAGCUGUGGGUUUUAUUAAGGAAAUGGAGAACAUGGGUUUUGAGCCAAAUGGCGUGACAUACCAUUCUCUGAUCAAUGGUUAUGCCAAUUUAGGUGACAUGGAAGCAGCACUUGGAGUGUUGAAGAUGAUGUCUGAAAAGGGAAUUCCUUGUAAUCUAGUUACUUACACGUUGUUGAUCAAAGGUUAUUGCAAACAAGGUAAGAUGCAAAAAGCAGAGGAGGUGCUCCAGGGCAUGGAUGAGUUAUCAUUGGUUGCUGAUGAAGUUACUUAUGGUAUCUUAAUAAAUGCAUAUUGUCAAACUGCUAAAAUGGAGGAUGCUCUCAGGAUUUGUUCUGUGAUGUUGAAUGUUGGAUUAAGGAUGAAUGUGUUUAUUUGCAACUCCCUAAUUAAUGGGUAUUGCAAACUCGGACAAAUCCAAGAAGCGGAGCAAGUGCUAAAGGAUAUGGAAGCUUGGAACCUGAAGCCAGAUUCCUAUAGCUAUAAUACUCUUGUUGAUGGAUAUUGCAGAGAAGGGUGUAUUAGUCGGGCAUUUGAACUUUCACAAGAGAUGGUUCAGAAAGGGGUUGAGCCAACUGUUUUAACAUACAAUACACUCCUCAAAGGUUUAUGUCGUGUGGGUGAAUUUGAUGAUGCCGUGCACCUUUGGCGUUUGAUUCUUAAAAGAGGUUUGGCUCCUGAUGAAAUCAGCUGUUGUACUCUGCUUGAUGCAUUUUUCAAGAUGGGGAAUCUGGAAGGGGCUUUAAAGUUAUGGAAAGAUGUGUUAGCUAGGGGCUUUGCUAAGAAUGUAAUUACUUUCAAUACAAUUAUAAAUGGGCUAUGUAAGAUGGGGAAAAUGAUUGACGCAGAAGGGAUUUUUGUUGACAUGAAAAAAAUGUGUGUUUCCCCUGAUGCUAUUACAUAUAGAGUUCUGAGUGAUGGGUACUGUAAAGUUGGAGACAUUGGGCAAGCAUUUAAAGUCAAGGAUGAGAUGGAAAGGGAAGGAAUCCCUCUUUCUGUUGAAUCGUACAAUUCUCUUAUUAGUGGUUUUUUUAAAUCUAGGAAAUUUAGUGGAGUCAAGGAUCUUCUGGCUGAAAUGCACAUGAAAGGAUUAACUCCUAACAUUGUGACUUAUGGGGCUCUUAUUUCUGGUUGGUGCAAAGAAGGGAUGCUGGAUAAAGCUUUUAGUACAUAUUUUGAAAUGACUGGGAAGGGUUUAGCUCCAAAUGUAAUUAUAUGCAGCACACUAGUCAGUAGCCUAUAUAGGCUUGAUAGGAUUGAUGAAGCAAAUUUUCUGUUGCAGAAGAUGGUAGAUUUUGAUCUCAUUCUUGGUCAUGGAUGCCCUGACAAGGACUCCAAGCCUGAUAGGAGACUUCUCAAUGUUCAGAAAAUUGCAUUUUCCCUUGAUGAAACUGCAAAAAGAUAUCUUCUGCCCAACAACAUCAUAUACAACAUAGCUAUUGCUGGGCUUUGCAAGUCUGGGAGGAUAAAUGAUGCUAGAAGAUUUCUCUCAACAUUGUCCCUAAGAGGCUUCAUUCCAGAUAACUUUACAUACUGUACCCUCAUCAGUGGUUGUUCAGCAGCUGGCAAUAUCAAAGAAGCUUUUGGUAUACGGGAUGAGAUGCUGAAAAGGGGCCUUGUUCCAAACAUUGCAACAUAUAAUGCUCUUAUAAAUGGGUUGUGUAAGUCAGGGAACCUAGAUAGGGCAGUUAGACUUUUCCAUAAACUGCCCUUGAAAGGUGUAGCUCCCAAUGUUGUAACAUUCAAUACUUUGAUUGAUGGAUACUGCAAGGCUGGUAAUAUUUCUGAAGCUUUUAAGUUGAAAGACAAGAUGGUAGAAGGAGGAAUUGCUCCUUCUAUUGUUACCUAUUCUACUCUGAUCAAUGGCCUUUACAAACAAGGAGAUAUAGAAGCAUCCAUAAAGCUUUUGGAUCAAAUGACUACAGGAGCUGUGGACCCUGACGUUGUGAAAUAUUGUGCAUUAGUCAGGGUUUAUCUCAAAUGCAGGGACAGGCAGCAGAUCUCCAAGCUUUAUGAUGAGAUGCAGGUUAUGGGUCUUUCUUCAGGUGUUGUCCCAGAGAAACAGAUGGGUGUAAAAGAAUUGUUUAGUGACAAGAUACCCGGCAUUUAUAAUGCAACUGAAGCUGUGUGCUGAUGCAUACUGAAUGAAACGCCUGUGCAAAGAAGGUUAUUGUGCAUGGUUACUGUCAUGUUGAUGGAGUGGUUUGGAGGGUCAUUCAAGCCAUGUGGUGGUCAUACAUGCAGCCUUGCAUACUAAAAUAUGGAAACAACUUAAAAAGAAUUUUUGAUGUCCAUAGAAGGGAUUUGAACACUUAGGCUUCAUCAACUAAAUUGAACACUUAGGCUUCAUCAACUAAGGCCCAGUUGCAGGAUAUAUCAAACUCAAUUUGCUUUAGGGCAUGAUGAAGUGAAGAUGCUUGUUUAUUUUCCUGGCUACUGUCAAAUUGGAAGGUGGUGUUUCAUGAACCUUUCAGUGUACUGUUGUUUACAGGUUCCAUCAUGGAUGUAUCAAUCUCGAGAUGGUUCAGUUUCUAAGGGGUAUCAUCCAGAUUAAUUAUUUAAAAUUCUCAUGGACAGAGAUACUCAUGGCCUAUCAACUGUUUUAAGGUUUGAACUUAAAUUGAAUUGCAGACUGCUCCGGGUUCAAUUUCAGGAACUGUACCUUCAUAAGAAAAUUCUAUCUUCCCAUGCAAAAGGUUCUGCAAGGAUCCUGACAUGAAGCCAGGGUUACCACUGAUAAGUGAGGAAUCCAACUAAUUACUUUCCAGAAAGGGCUUAUAGGGGGGGCAUAUUUUUUGCAGGAUGAUGUUAGACCUUGGCUUCUUACCUGACUACAUAAUUCAGUGUUUUGCAUGGAAAUUGCCAUCUGGGCUAGGGGAAAGAUUGGACGCAUUGAGAAUCCGCUGAGGCCUGCUCUACAAAUAAUGAUCAGCACUUCAAAAAUUUAUUGGUUCUUGAUCUGGGAGGGGUUUACUGAUCCCUCGUCAAUUUGCUUACCAAUGAUCAUUUCCCCCUUUCCAAACUGUGAAGGCUGGUGGCGGAGAUCUUUCUUUUUCUGGGUGAUAGGUCUGAAUGUUGGAUGCUGACAACAGGCGGAUGGAAAUCUUCAGACACCUGCUCUAUAAAAAUGAGUAUGAUCCACGGUCACCAUAGUGGUCUCCAAAUGUGGGAGCAUGCCAAAGACGACAGAAGCAUCUGCCUAGGUGAAAGGGAACCAGGUCGAGAACUUGAAGAAGAGGCCAACUUUUCUGAUCAAGGAACCAGUGUGGAAGCACAAAUUGAUCAGUGCUGAUUCAGGCAAGAAAGCCAAAGGGUGGUAAACAGUUGGUUCGUUAUCAUAAUGUUUAUUGUUUCCUUGAGGAAAUUAAUGGUCCAGAUGAUUGUCCAUUAAAAUGAAGGUUUGGAAGCUGUGGUGACCUACAGGAAGGACAUAUAAAUUAUGCAGUGGAAACUACAGAGGUAGGAUUUUGGUGAUGCAGAGGCCAAUUUUGUGAAGGUCAGCAAAUGUUUGGGCUCUCUCCUUUUUUUUUUUUUUUUGGGGGUGGGGGUGGGGGGAAGGAGUCUGCCUUGGAUUGAUUUUGAACUUCAGAGAAGGGUGAUUAAGGGACCUUGGGAUAUCUUGGGCAAUUCUGGUCUUAAGAUGGGACGGAGAAGUGUCAUUUGAUUAACCAAGGAAGAAGGAUAUAUCUAGGGUGAGAAACUCUUCUAUGUACAAUAAAAUGAGUUGUGUAGUGAGAAACCCAGGCAUCUUUACCCAGUGAGUGAAAUAUAAAGAGGAUUAAACAGAAGUUUCUUCUUAAGAAUGAAUAGCAUUUUUCUUUUAUA